CUUAAAAUCUGCGCGCCGCGAGCUAGUUAGCUAGCGAAUUCAAAAUACUGGCGGCAGAUACAUGCUUGCUUGCUGACCGUGCUCCAGCCCCACGCUCCUUCGGUCUCUGUACUGUGUCGUCCGGCCGAUCCCGUAACUAUUCCGCAUACACUACAGUCAGUAGCUACUUACUUAGGCAACGUAGCUGUAUUCCAUCGCCUAAUUCUCUGUGUCAAAUGUAACAGCUUUAUUUACUUCUAAUCUAUACGCGAUCGAGUCAUGAGCUGAACUGAAUCUUAUAUGCAGAAUGAAUAACGGAAAGAAGCUUAAAGAGACGUUGAAGCGCCUUGAUUACCCAGAAGCCCAUGAACUGCAAGCAGAGGCGUUUGAUUGGUUGUUUGAGAAUGACGCCGUAGCACCCUUCUUGGAUUGGUUCAUUGACAAUGUAGGACCAGCCAAUGUACUGUCCAAACAGGAAAUAGCAGAGUUUCAUACUUUGGAAUCUUCUGGGGAUGGAGUACUGGAAGGGGAGAAACUGAACACAGCCUUGAGGAGCUCAAAUACAGGAGACGAAGAUGAUCUCUCUCCGGAGAAGCUAAAGGAUGAUAUAGAGGCGAUGGAGGAGGAGCUACAUAGAGCUCAGAAAAACAGGAAAAGCCUUCUUCAGCUGAGGAACAAAUUAAGCCUUCAUCAUACAUCCUUGACUCACCAGCUGACCAAGCUCACUCCUGUGGAAUCCCAUACUGAGAGUCAGUAUAAGAACAUGCUGGAGAAUAGCCAAGAAGACAACUUUAAGGUCAACACUUCACUGGAUGAUCUGAACAAGACCAUUACUGAGCUGGUGGCCCUGUCAGCCAAGAGCCUCGAUACCCAGCAUGCACCAUUCAUGUCCCAGCAGCCAUUGCAAGCAUUCCACCAAUCAGAGGAGAGCUAUACCCAGGCCCUCAAGCAGUUCACAAAGAGACAGUUCUUUGAGGGCAUAGCACAAUUAGCAGGUCAUAAUGAAGGGUCACGCUACGAGCUUCUAGAGGUCAGUGAACCUGGAUCUCUGGUCAUACGAGGAGAGCAGUGUCAUGUGACCGAGGCCGACUGUGAGGAGCUUGCAAGGCUAAAGACACUGUACCCAGCCAGUCAGAGAGGAUACAUGAAAGCACUCCUCGAAGAGAGCAGAGUGACUGCGGCACACAGGCUAGCAGAGAAGAGGCUAGAUUCAAUCUCUCACCAACUUUAUCCACGAGAUGUUCACAGUCUCAGUGAGAAGUUGGAGCAGUGCGAACGGCAGAAGAAUGCUGCCCUCAACCAGGCCGUCCAAAUCUGGGAGAGCGAGAUCCCUCGUCUGCUAGAGGUCAACGCUUCUCUGCAAGCUACUCACAUACUAUCAGGGGACUAUAAUCUCAAGGUCGCAAGGCAGGACUACUUCACAUCAAAACAAGAAAAGCUGAUUGAAUUGCUGUCUGUCCAGAGAGCACGCAAGGAGUUUCUGGACAUGGCCUAUGAGGUGGAAGCACAUCAUCACAGAGCUACACACAGACUCAUGACGGCAUCCACCAAGCUCCUACAACAGGACCUCACCAUGCAUCACAGAUCAAUGGGAUUCCUCUCAGAUCCUGACCUGAACAUCAAUACUGAAACAAGAAGUACAGUGGACAGCAGAGAUCAAACGGUCAACAGACUACAUGAGAUGAUUGGCCUUGGUGGAAAGCAGGAGCAGCAGCUGUUUCUGACAUACUCUGGCCUGCUGGAGGAUAGCAGAGUAUUUGUGAAUAGACUAUCGUCAUUGAGAGACAACCUGCGCCUUGCUUGGGAUAGCCAGGAAGGUCAACUUGCUGCCUUGGAGAGGAACCUGACCCAGUGCGAGAACAUGGUCUACGCCGGCUCGACCACGAAGGACGGCCAGCCUGUGCUGACACCCCCUGCCAUACUAGAUGGAAUCGCCCAACUGGAGAGGAUGCUAGAGGACCUCACGCAAGGCAUGAUGGACCUGAUGGGAGAUUACAACAAUAAACUGAAGACCCUGAAGAGUGAUCCCUUGUUGUCUGAACAGCGCCAGCUCUUUGUCUACUUCUUCACCGAACCGGUUCAGCUGAAGAGACAGCUCCAGUCACUCUCUCAGCAACUACAGGCUUUGACAAUCUCCUAAAGCCUCGUUCAGACCAGACGCAGUGAAUGAUUUUUCUUGUUGUCUGAGCAGCGCCAGCUCUUUGUCUACUUCUUCACUGAACCGGUUCAGCUGAAGAGACAGCUCCAGUCACUCUCUCAGCAGCUACAAGCUUUGACAAUCUCCUAAAGCCUCGUUCAGACCCGACGCAGUGAACGAUCUUUUUGUUGUCUGAGCAGCGCCAGCUCUUUGUCUACUUCUUCACCGAGCCGGUUCAGCUGAAGAGACAGCUCCAGUCACUCUCUCAGCAACUACAAGCUUUGACAAUCUCCUAAUGCCUCGUUCAGACCCGACACAUUGAACAACUUUUUUUGCUGUCUGAACAGCAUCAGCUCUUUGUCUACUUCUUCACCGAACCUGUUCAGCUGAAGAGACAGCUCCAGUCACUCUCUCAGCAACUACAGGCUUUGACAAUAUCCUAAUGCCUCGUUCAGACCAGACGCAGUGAACGAUUUUUCUUGUUGUCUGAGCAGCGUCAGCUUUGUCUACUUCUUCACCGAACCUGUUCACCUAAAGAGACAGCUCCAGUCACUCUCUCAGCAACUACAGGCUUUGACAAUCUCCUAAAGCCUCAUUCUGACCCAACACAGUAAACCAUUUGGUGAAUGUUAUUGGGGAUAAACAGACAUAGCAGAAAUAAUGGCCUCAUUAAUCUACAUGUACAUAGCCGCCAACAAUUCCUAUUUUGGAGAAACUAUUCUUUUUGGGGGCCUUCAAGCUAUGGUUUUGAACCCUAGAUUCCUCUGAUUUUCUGAAAUACUCUAUGAGAAAAGUAUACAAAAUGGACUGACUGUAUUUCUAAUUUUGCCUUGAGAGACUCCUAGUUUCUUGCUUUGAAAGGUUAAUUGGCAGGUAUGAGAAGGCAGUGUUUAGGGGAGUAAACAGAAGUAGGGGAAAUAAUAGCCCCAUGGUAAGUCAUGAAUCUGUGGUUUGUAAACUGCAUAAAAAUGAAGCACACUGUCCUCAUCUUAUUAAUCUUGCAGCAGCUAUGUUUUGGAGAUCAUUGCCUUGUGUCCAAGUUGCUGGCAACCCCCUGCAGGUAACAUGGACCACAUUAUAAUUAGGACUAUACAUUAUACCGUUUUACAAACUAUGAAAGUAGUGCUUAUAGAUGUUGCCAGAUUUCUUAUCAUAUACAGUGUUUAUUUGUGUAAUGCAUCACAUAUUGCUUGCCCUAUAAACAAGGCCAUACUGCGUGUAGAAUCCUAUUCUUUCAUAUUGUACAAAAAUCAGACCUACCCUGGAAACAUCUAAAGGGAAUUAAAGUGUAAGGUGUUCCAAUUGAUUAGCAGAUUCUAUUUCGUGAUAUUAAAAAUGACAUGGCCUUAUUCUGAGAAAUUAAUGAGUAAAACAAAUUCUAUGCUCAUGCUAUACAGUGCCUUCUUCGUAAAAAUGAUAGGAUUAUGUACAAGCCUUAGAAAAUGAAACGGGACUCACAGUUACCGUAAAUAAUCGACACCUGCUAUUUAUUAGACAAAAUUCUCUGCCAUUUUAAUUAGCCCCAAUGAAAGUGAACCCUGGUUUGUGUCGCAUGCUCUAAGAGACUGCAUGAGAUAAUGUGAUAAAGAUGAUGGGAUUUUGAAGGAGACUACAUUUGGUAUUCUCUUAUAUUUUCUAGUUUAAAAAUGGUAUUUACCAAAAAGACAUAACUCAUGAAACUCAUUGAUAUGGCCAAAUAAUUCCAUAGGUAGGCUGUAUAUCUCAAGUGAAUUUUGGAACCAGGCAUCUCUUUGAUGCCUCCUCAUUAUUAAUGGCAACACCAACUGAAUGCAAUUACUUUUGCUUUUAGAAUUUAGACUAUAACUUCCAUGUCAAUAUGUAUUUCAAACUAUGUACACAAGCCUAUCAGUUACAGUACAAAUUUUUUUUGUUUUGUUAUUAGAGCCCCAAUCAUCCCCAUUCCUUGUCAGUCUACCUGUUAUAAUUUCCUGA